UAUUAGCACACAUAAUGUAAGCUAGCUUACCACAUAGCAUAGUUGUUUUUUUCUUCUAUUAAACUAGAGUAUUUACUGCACCGAUAUACUUCAUUUUAUUGAUAUUUGAGGAAUAUAAGUCCCGAGAGGCAAUGGCCAGUGUGCAUGAAAGUCUGUAUUUCAACCCCAUGAUGACAAAUGGGGUUGUUCAUGCCAAUAUCUUCGGCAUAAAGGAUUGGGUCACUCCAUACAAGAUCGCAGUGUUAGUUUUACUGUAUGAGAUGUCCACAACCAAACCAAUGGCACUUCUAGACAGAAGACGCCUGAACAAACUCAUCCUGCCUUUACAACAGGGUGCAGAUUUGACCCUGAAGCAGUUUGUGAAGAUAGUAGAGGAAUGCUGUCCUCGCAUGGUCAAUGCUGUUAAAGUCAGGUUGAUUUUAAUGGCUGGUGGAGAGUUGCAGGACAUGGAGCACUUUUUUACUAUCCUGCCAAAUGCAUUCAGUGACUCGGAGGCAUUCAAAACUAGUGUUGUUGGUCUGUUCAUGCGUCAGAUGCUGCUGGCCUACAAUAAACUAUCCUUCAGUCAGGUAUAUAAGCUGUACAAGUCCCUACAGCAGUACUGCCAUCGUGGAAACCAGACGGAGCUGUCGGCUCUGUCCACUGAAGACAUGGAGCUGACCAGCAAUGAAGACCCCAGCGCCGAGCGCAUAGACAAAGAUGAGCUGGACACUACAUCUCUACACCAGUCCGAACUGAGAUCUGAUGAGACCCAAGGUCCUUUAUCUCAGAAACAAGCAGAAUACUUCCUUGCACGACAGGCGUACCUCCUUAAGAACGAUGAAAACAAGGCCAUGUCGCCAGCUAAGUUACAGGACGAGCUCAACAACAUUCUCAAAUUUAAUCCUGACUUUGCCGAAGCUCAUUACCUCAGCUAUCUGAACAGUAUGCGAGUGCAGGACAUCUUCAUCUCCACUCACAGCCUCCUGCACUACUUCGACCGCCUCAUUCUUUCCGGUGGAGAGGGGAAAAGCAAUGGAGAUGAAGGCUAUGGCCGCAGUUUACGAUACGCUGUCCUUAAUCUGGCAACCUUGCACUGUCGUUUUGGACACUAUCAACAGGCUGAUCUGGCUCUGCAGGAAGCCAUCCGCAUCGCACAGGAAGCAAAUGACCAUGUGUGUCUCCAGCACUGUCUGAGUUGGCUGUACACACUAGAACAGAUGAAAGGAUCUGAUAGUGUGGUACUAACGGAAGACUCUGUGAAAAUUGCAGCUCACUUUUGCCUCCCUUAUUUAGCUUCUCUAGGCAUCCAGUCCCUGGUCCAGCAGGGCGCAAAACAGGGCAUGCCUGCCAACAAGCUGCUGGACGCCCUGCGAGGAACCGACAUCAUGCACUGGAAGCAAAGCCUCUCUGAGCUGAUAGAAAUCAGCCUGGCACAGACCACCUCCAUAUGGAGGAUGUAUGGCAAAAGCACUAUGGCACGGCAGCAGGCUCAGCUCCUGUUGAAUAUGAACAGUCUGGAGCCGGUGAACUUUAGCGUGCAGCAGAACAACACUGAGGCCUUUGCCGUCGCUCUCUGCCAUCUGUCUGAACUCCAUGCUGAGCAGGGCCAUUAUGCUGUUGUGACUGACAUCAUGAAACACUUGAAGCAGCAGUUUCCUCCCCAUACCCAACAUGCCAAACUCUGGAUGCUAUGCGAUCUGAAAAUUAAAUUUGAAAAGGCUAUGAAUGAUGGGAAAUACCAUUUGGCUGAACCUCAUGUCACUGCUAUCUCUGCCUUAAACAGCACUGAGGGAUUGUACAGGAAAGCCCAGUUGCUGAAAGCUCUGAAUCAGACGUCUGAAGCCUCGAAGAUUCUACAGCAGCUGCAGCAGCAGUGUGAGAAGAGUAAGAACACCGAGAUGAUCAUCAGGGUGAUGCUGGCCUCUGCAGAACUCCACUGGGACUCUUCUGGAUUUGCAUCAGGUCUGCCGUUACUCUUACAGGCUCUUGCUCUGUCACGCCAACACAACCUUCAGAGCUUGACCUCAGAGACGGUGUUACACCUGGCAUUUACACAGCUGAUGUUGGGGAUUCCUGAGCAGGCUCUUGCACUGGUGCAGGACGUGUUGGAGUCGGUUUUGGCUCACGGUUCUCUGAUAGACAAGGGCAGAGCUCUGCUGUUGGCCGCUCGCUGUCAGAUGACUUUAGCAGGAACUACUGCACAGAAACACAGACUGACUGCACUGGAACAAGCCGUGCACACUUUAGAGGAGGCAGCUGUGUAUUUCUCUCGUCUUGACUGUAAAGAGCGUAUGAGAGACAUACAUUAUCUACAGGCACGCUUGCAUCACACUCUCGGCAACGUCUCUCAACGCAACAAAUACGCCAUGCUCUUCCGCCUGCUGGAUCAGGAGCUGCCGUCCUCCGGGAUGACUGUGGUCAAUCGUCUUUAGGAAACAUCUGCUAUGGUGUUAAUGAACGACACCAAACAUUGUACCGUGUGCAUACUGGAAAUAAAUUUUAUUUUGUAUGUGAAAAACUA